GAGAGUGACCAAACAAAAGUUUUACAACUUGUUAUACCCUCCCGCACGAGUAUGCCAUUCUUCUUCUUCUUCUACUUCUUCUUCUUCUCUCUCACUCGCUCAUAGAUCCCGGUCAACUUUCCGGCCAAAUUUCCGGUUACUCCUCCGGCUCCGGCUCCGACUUCACUUCUUUUUUUAACUCUUAAUCAUACUCUUGGUGGAAUGCUUCUCUCUGUGUCAGGAUGUUGGGGGAAUUCUCGAUCCAGGUGCUUUUUUAUGCUAUGGUUUUGAACGUGAAGUUUAAUUUUGGGGUUAUUUGAAACCUCGACCAGUGAGCUACCUUUCUCUGAGAACUCAGCAGCGUUAAAUUAAGUGUGUAAUUUGAAAGUUUCUUGGGUUAUCGAGCUGUGGCGUAAGAAUUGAUGUGAUGCUUCGUGUGAACAUGCUGAUUUUUCUGUCUGCAUUGCUCAGUCCUUUGUCCUGUGUCGAUUGAAUUAAUGGGUUCUUCCGCUCUUUGAAUAUUAUUCGACUUCUCCUGCUCUCUCUUCUUAUCUGUUUAUGUUCACAUGGUCAUUGGCUUCUUCCUGCUCGGGAUCUUACCUUCGAAAUUUUGGGCUCUCUCUCUUCUCUCUCCCUCUCUUAGGGUUGAAGCAAACAAGAAACUUGAAGUGAUCAAAUGAAAGAGAUUCAAAGAAGAAAAGUCCGUAGUAAUACGGAGAAACCUUUCCCUGGAUGCUUGGGAAGAAUGGUAAACCUGUUUGACUUGAGUGCAGGCGUUAGUAGGAACAAGCUUCUGACGGAUAAACCACAUCGUGAUGUUUCUUUACUCCCAAGAAGCCACUCAGAUGCAGCUAUUAUAUCGAGCCCCUCCCAUGAUAGUCAGCUCGAGGAUGGACUGGAACAUUCAAUUGGGCAGGCAAAUCGAACACCAAUGAAGAUGCUCAUAGACCAUGAAAUGUCGAAAGAUGCUGAGUCUAAGAUUGCUCCCCCAAAUGUUGUUGCGAAGUUGAUGGGUCUAGAUACUCUACCCGAGCAGGUUGGUUCAGCUGCUAACAAAACACCUUCAAGAGCUUCCCUGUCUACAGCUAAAGAAUCUAGGUUGGCACUGGAAUGCACGGAACUAGUUGAUAACCGUUUGGAGAAGGGAUCUUUGUGCCAAAUUCAUCAAAGCUCUGUAGACGUCUAUGGAAUGUGGCAGCAAUGUUUGAAAACAGAUAAUGACAGAGAAAAAUUGCAUUAUGGAAGUUUUGACAAAAAUUUUGAUGAAAAAAAGAUGGCUCUUGUUCGUCAGAAAUUCACUGAAGCUAAACGUCUAGCAACAGAUGAGAAACUUAGGCAAUCUAAAGAAUUUCAAGAUGCCUUAGAAGUUCUCAGCUCCAACAAAGAAUUGUUUGUCAAAUUUUUGCAAGAACCUAAUUCCCUAUUUUCUCAGCAUAGUUUUCAACUUCGUUCACUCCCUACAUCUCCUGAGAAGAAGUGUAUCACAAUCCUUAGGCCCUCAAAGUUAGUUGGUAGUGAAAACAUUUCUGAGACAGGGAUUAGAUGUGAGAAACAGGUGAAGAAACCAGCUCAGGUCUCCCAUUCAACUGGUUGUGACAAGUCCAGUAAUGCACGUGCUUUGUCAAACCAGAAAUUUGAUGAAUAUGUUCAACCCACACGAAUAGUGGUGUUGAAGCCUAACAUUGGUAAGAAUCAUGGUGUUAAAACUGCCGUACCUCAACAACCUUGCCUGUCACCUAAUAAAACCAACGGAAACUUUUUUGAGGAAGUUGAGGACGCUGUAGUGCCAGAAUCAAGGGAAGCGAUUGAGAUAUCUGAACAGUUGAGUGAAGAUCAAAUGGGGCAUCAAAGGGAUGAAACUUUGAUCUCCUCUCUCUUUUCCAAUGGUUAUACUGGUGAUGAGAGUUCACUUUACAAGUCAGAGAAUGAGUAUGCUGUGGGGGUUCUAAGUGAUCUAGAAUUAAUGUCACCAUCUUCCAGACAUUCUUGGGACUAUGUUAACAAAUUUGAUAGUCCUUAUUCUAUUUCCUCCAUUAGUCGUGUUUCAUAUUCUCCAGAAUCAUCAGUUUGUCGAGAAGCCAAGAAGCGCCUCUCAGAAAGAUGGUCAUUGAUGGCAUCAAAUGCCAACUCUCAAGAACCUAGGCAUGUAAGGAGAAGCUCUAGUACCUUGGGUGAGAUGCUCUUUUUGUCAGAUCCAAAAAAUUCCAUCGAACCUAUCGAUAAGAUAACCAAUGAGGAAGAAGAGCGGAGGGAGUUUGCAUCCUGCGUAAGUACUGAUUUACAGGAAGACAAUAGAAACUCUCCUAGAAGUCUCCAGAGGUCAAAGUCUGCUCCCGUGUCUCCUUUGAUGUCAAGUGCCAGAUUAGGUUUUGAUGCUUCAAAUCUUGCUACGUCAGAUGUUACCCCAGAGAAAGUUAGUCCGACAAAAGCUAAAUCAUCAUUUAAAGGAAAAAUUUCUAGCUUAUUUUUCUCCAGGAGUAAGAAACUGACCAAAGAAAAACGUAAUGCAUCUCAAUGCAAAGAGGGUUUGGAUACUUCUGUUCCGGAAACACUUGGUGCUUCUCUACCUCCUGGCAGGAUUGGUGAUGCAUCUUGUGUCAACAAUAGUCGAUUUGAAGAAUGCUCAUCUUCUGCUCUGUGUGAAUCGUCAGGAACAUCUCCGGAUUUAACUAGCAAAUUGGGCACUGUCUCUCUUGAGGCAGGGUUGCCUUUCUCAAGACAUUUAAUGCCUGGAAAUACCAGUGAGAACCCAGACUAUUCAAGUCCAUGCUCUGUUUUAGAACCUCCAUUUGAUGAAGAUGGCAUCAUGCAUUCUUCGUUUGGCCAUAUGAAAUCAAACUCCAGAGGCAUUCAUGUAUCUACGAAGUCCAGCUUAAUUGACAAAUCACCUCCCAUAGAAUCAAUUUCUCGAACUUUGACAUGGGAAGAUGCCUACUCGGAUAACACAGAACCGUAUUUGUUUAAACCCACGUCAGCAUGUGAAGAUAGAGAAGAAGAGGAACAAAAAUGGCUCGGCCUUGUUCGAAGUCUUUUUUCAGCAGCUGGCCUCGAUGACAGCGUGCACCACAACUCAUUUUUCUCCAGAUGGCAUUCUCUCAAAUAUCCAUUGGAUCCAUCACUGAGAAACAACUUUGCCAACCUGAGUGACAAAGAGCCAGAACAGGAGGCAAAAAGAAGGCAAUCAAGAUCAAACUGGAAGCUCAUCUUCGACAGCGUGAAUGCAGUCUUGGUUGAAAUCACAGGCUUUCGGUCAGAAAUGAGCACAAUAUCGAUAUCAUCCAACUGGGUUCAUGCAGAUGCUCCCUCGCAACCUUUGGUGGACAUUGUGUGGGACAGAUUGAAGGAUUGGUUGUCAGACGAAACACAAUGUGUUGGUUGUGAGAUUGGGGACAGUAACAGCCUGGUGGUGGAGAGAGUAGUUGGGAAAGAGGUUGUAGGGAAGGGAUGGAUUCAUCAAUUGCAAGAAGAAUUGGAUAAUUUAGGGAAGGAAAUAGAAGGGAAAUUGCUUGAAGAACUUGUGGAAGAGACGCUACUUGAUUUGACAGGUUCCUGCCCAUGACCAACCUACCUUUCUUUUUUUUAUUAUUAUUGUUAUUAUAUAUAUAUAUUAUAGUUUUCUUUCAUAUACAGCCUCAAAUAAUUUGUGCCAUUUUUAUUUGUGUGCAUUUUAUUAUCCCUCUCCACCUACCCCUUUUCUGUUGUACAUUUUUGGACUGCACAUUUUGUUUCUAUCUAAUAAGAUUAUAAAAUAUAUAUAUGCCAGCAAUAGAAUCAUUUUCAUCUGAACAAAA